UCCGUUGUUAUCAAUCGCCCAUUCCCAAUGUUGAUCCGAUAUUUCGGAAAAAAUGUGUGUUGGAAGAUCAGAAGAAGGUUCUACCACAAGCGGAAUUUCUCCGCAACCGCGGGGAGUGAUAAAACCGACCUGGAGAGGAUCAGGAAUAUCGGAAUCAUGGCGCACAUAGACGCUGGCAAGACGACAACGACCGAGCGGAUGUUGUUCUACUCCGGUAGCAUCCCGAACAUGGGUGAGGUUCACGACGGGAACACGGUAACCGAUUUCAUGGAGCAGGAGCGCCAGCGAGGGAUAACGAUCGCCUCGGCGGCGGUGACCUUCGCCUGGAAGGGGCACCGCCUGAACCUGAUAGACACCCCAGGUCACAUAGACUUCACAAUGGGGGUUGAGCAGACCCUGGGGGCGCUGGACGGGGCGGUGGUGAUCCUGGACAGUUCCGCAGGGGUGGAGGCCCAGACGACGACGGUCUGGCGACAGGCGGACAGAUACUCCCUCCCGAGGAUCGUCUACUGCAACAAGAUGGACCGAGCCGACGCCGACUUCGACAUGUGCCUGACCUCCAUCGAGACCAAGUUCGACGUGACACCACUUCCAGUUCAAAUUCCCCUGAAGAACAACUCGGAGCUCUCGAUAGUUGACCUGCUGACCCUCGAGACCGUGACCUUCGACAGGAGCAAUCAAGGUCGCAAGGUCCAGCGUCAGAAGCUGGAGGACCCGGAGGCCUUGAGCCUAGCUAGAGAGCGAAGAAGAUCGCUCACGGACAAGCUGUCAGAGCUGGAUGACAACCUGGCGGACAAGAUAAUCGAGCAGGAGUCCCUCGACGAUAUACCAGGGGAGCUCCUCCUGGAGUCGCUGAGACGAACGACCUUGGCCCAAAGAGGAGUUCCCGUUCUCCUCGGCAGCUCCUACAAGAACGUGGGGGUCCAGCUGCUGAUGGACGCUGCUGUCUUCUACCUUCCGUCACCGAAUCACCACCAGAAGGCCAAGUUGUACAGCUGCUUCAGGGAGUCCUUCGCAGCGAGGGCCUUCAAGGUGAUCCACGACAAGCAGAGGGGGCCCAUCACCUUCUUCAGAGUCUUCACGGGGAAGCUGUCGAAGGGGCAGAGGGUCUACAACGUCCAGAGGGAGAAGACUGAACAAGGGGGGAAGCUCUACGCAGCCUACGCCGACGACUACGAGGAGAUUGCCGAGGUCAGCGAGGGGAAUAUAGCAGCCCUGGGGGGUCUCAAGUCCACGAUUACUGGGGAUUUGUUGACUGGAAGUGUCACCGCUGUCGCCCGGGCCAAGGAGAUCCUCCAGAGGAGGGACGUGGAGGAGGCGGACAGGAGGGGUCUCUUUGAUCCUGCCAGGGUGCCUGACCCCGUCUUCUUCUGCUCCAUCGAGCCACCCUCCAUGGCUUAUCAGUCGGCUUUGGACACUGCUCUUCAGGAGCUCGAGAGGGAGGACCCCAGCCUGAGGGUCUCCGUUGACUCCGAGACGGGGCAGACGGUGCUGUCUGGCAUGGGAGAGCUCCACAUCGAGAUCAUCAAGGAGAGGAUCAGGACCGAGUACAAGAUUCAUGCGGACUUGGGACCUCUGCAGAUCGCCUACAAGGAGACCAUCGGGAGGAGGAUCAAGGACUCCUUCGAGCUGCAUCAUGUGGUCGGGAGCACAAAGCAUGAUGUCACUGUCACCAUGAGUCUCAUCGAUUGUUACGAAGGGGAGGAGCUGCUCUUGAUGGAUAACACGAGAGAGAGUGCGUCCAAUCUAGCGGCGGUUCACCCCAGGUUCAUGGGGGCUGUCAAGAGUGGAGUUUCUUCUGCUUUGAACUGCGGACCCAGGCUGGGGUGCCCUGUCAUCAAGGUCGGGGUCAAGCUGCAUUGGCUGGAGGUGGGGAAGGGGACUUCUGAGACCAUGGUGGCUUCCGCGGUCUCUCAGUGCAUACGGAAGCUCCUGGAGGACGCCGGAGUGGUCCUGCUGGAGCCAAUCAUGCGGCUGGAAAUAGUGACGCCUGAGGCGUACGCACCAGGCGUCCUGGGGGACCUGGGGAGACGGAGGACAGAGAUCCAGGAGAUCACUGUGAGGAGGGACGAUAAAAUCAUCAGGAGUCUGGCUCCCCUGAGCGAACUUCUCGGUUACGCCACGAAGUUGAGGAUUUUGACCUCCGGAACUGGCAAUUUCUCGUUGGAGUUUGAUAGUUAUAAGAGGAUGGGGCCUCUGGAGGAGCAGCAAGCGAUUAAAAAUGUCACUGGGUUCUGAACCCAAGGAUUUUAAUUGGAAAAAAAAAUUAUAGAUAAUGUUUGUAUAAGUUGGAAUUUAAUAAAGAAUCUUAUGUUAUGGCUACGGUUCCAAAUUUGGGGCCACGAGGGAUGGGAUGACGUCUGCUCGUCAGUGGAACUCAUUGAUAUUUAUUUUAUUUAUUCCCUACCAACAACAAAUCAUGGGUUUGAACCCACGACCUUUGGAUUACCAGUCUGAUACUCUAAAAUAGAGCAAUCGAGAAUUGAAUCUCGAAAAAAUCGACAGAGAAAGAGGCCUGAGUCACGUGUAUUCGAUCACGUGGGUCAAAUAGCUAACUCAAGGGUCAAAAUGAGGGCCAAUUCUCAGGGGUCAAAACGAGGGGCCAAUAUUAUUCCUUUCCCCUUGGCUAUAGUCACGUCCCAAAUGCCCAUCAAAAGCCAUGAAGAAAAUUCCCCGAGAGCAAACAUGGUCAUACAUUGUCCUCACUAAUUACUAUAAUCAAUAUAAUGAUAGUAGAUGAAUAGUCGCAUUAUAUAAAAUACUAAGUAGUACUACAAAGUGGCCACUCUUAGAUUUCUGAAUUAUUUUCUGUAAUUUUCCGCCUUUUAGAUAUAUUUCUUCCAGCUAUUGCUUUCUUCUUCAGCUGAACUUUACUUCAUUUUCAUGGGUAUUAUUCUGUAAAUCUUUGUAAAUGAGUCAUAAUUUGUAUUGUAAUCUUGUCGUUGGCCUUAGGGGUGUUAUUCUACCCCAGGGCAUAAAUAAAAAGCUUUCGAUCAA